GGACUUGGCAGGCAAGAUGAGUCAAUAGUCAAGGGAGGCGAUAGAGGCAGGUUAGUGGAACACCGCCUUCGCUUGGUGAGUUUCUGAGAGCUGCUCUUUCGGGUUUUAGGGAGAAAACCAUGGAGACGCAAUCAGAUGGCAACGAAGAUACCAUAUCCAACAUUAGAAACGUCCGACAACAGCUCGAAGCACGCAUAGAGUCCCAACACAAAACCCACCUGGAAUUGCUUGCUUCUUUACAAGCCAUUAUCCCUAAUAUCGUCUCUUCCCUCGAUCUCUCUCUCAAGGUUGUCUCUUCUUUCAAUGAUCGCCCUUUUGCUCCCACCCCUUCCUUGCCUCCUCCACUUCCUGACCCUAAGUCUAAGAAGUCUCACCCUGUUAACUCAAAGUCACAACAUGAUCGUUCCAUCUCGGCGGACCUGACAAAUCCCGCAACCCAAAAUGCCAGAACAUCUCCGGCCUCCAACCCAGCUCGCCGUUUGGAAACUGAAAGCGGAAGUCCGUUAGCUGUGGUACGAUCAAUGGUCGCCAUUUGUCUUUUGGGACGAGUGCCAUUUUCUCCCAUUGAUUCUUCCACAGUGUUGAGGAAAUUGGAAAAUGAUCGGAGUGUGACCCCUCUAGAGAAGGCUGCGCUUCUCGAGCUUGGAGGGGAUUCAGGGCCGACGCUCGCUGUGGAGUUGGCUUUGAAGUCCAUGGCAGAGGACAAUGGUGGUAUUGAUUUGGAGGAGUUUGUGGUGAGUGGCAAGUCAAGAAUUAUGGUUUUAAAUAUAGACCGAACUCGUCUUGUCAGAGAAUUGCCAGAGAGCGCCCAAUAUCAGCAACUAGAGUCGAGUGGAGGAGAUGGGAAUGUAAAUCAAAAUCAAGGUCAACAAAUUACUACCACUGGCUCUGAUAUGAACAAUGGAUUAUUUGGAAUGGCAGGGCAAGUUCCAAGGCCAAUGUCGGAUAUGUGGAUGCCUCCUGGGGAGCCACAUAUGGGGUUGCCACCUAUAUUUCCAGGGGGUGGAGGGCCUCCUACAAUGAUGGGACCAAGGGGGGCACCUAGAGUAAUGGGAAUGAUGGGUAUGCCUAGAGGUCUAGGUAUUUCUACAAUGCAUAGGCCCCCAAUGGGACCGAAUUCACCAGCCAGUGGUCCUAAUGUAAUGUCACAUAAGCCAAGAACUGAAGAGGAUGAUAUGAAGGAUCUUGAGGCUUUGCUGAAUAAGAAAUCAUUUAGAGAGAUGCAAAAAUCUAAAACAGGUGAGGAGCUUUUGGACCUUAUUCACCGGCCAACUGCAAGGGAAACUGCUGUAGCUGCCAAGUUCAAAACAAAAGGCGGUUCUCAAUUGAAGGUUUACUGUUCAUCUUUGACAAAAGAGGAUUGCCGCAGGCAGUCAGGAUCCUUUAUAGCUUGUGAUAAGGUUCAUUUUAGGCGGAUCAUUGCUCCUCAUACUGACAUUAAUUUAGGAGACUGUUCUUUUCUCGAUACUUGCCGACACAUGAAGACAUGCAAGUAUGUUCAUUAUGAGUAUGAUCCUACACCAGAUGUGCCUCCAAUGAUGAUGGGUACUCCUCCUCCUCCCAAGCCACUAAAACCCCAGCGUGCUGAAUAUUGUUCUGAAGUGGAACUUGGUGAGCCGCAGUGGAUCAACUGUGAUAUACGCAACUUUAGAAUGGACAUAUUAGGGCAAUUUGGAGUAAUCAUGGCAGAUCCUCCAUGGGAUAUUCACAUGGAACUGCCUUAUGGAACAAUGGCUGAUGAUGAAAUGCGCAAUCUUAAUGUUCCUGCUCUUCAAACUGAUGGUCUGAUUUUUCUAUGGGUCACUGGACGGGCAAUGGAGCUUGGACGUGAAUGUUUAGAACUCUGGGGGUACAAGCGUGUAGAGGAGCUCAUUUGGGUGAAAACGAAUCAACUUCAACGAAUAAUCAGAACUGGGCGUACAGGCCACUGGCUAAAUCACAGUAAGGAACAUUGCCUUGUUGGAAUAAAGGGAAAUCCAGAAGUAAACAGGAAUAUUGACACUGAUGUCAUUGUUGCUGAGGUCCGGGAAACAAGUCGCAAGCCAGAUGAGAUGUACCCCAUGCUGGAGAGGAUAAGUCCCAGAACAAGGAAGCUGGAAUUGUUUGCUCGUAUGCACAACACUCAUGCAGGAUGGAUGUCACUCGGUAAUCAAUUGCACGGAGUAAGGUUGGUUGAUGAGGGGCUGCGGGCAAGGUUUAAGGCUGCUUACCCAGACGUGGAGGUUCAGCCGCCAUCACCUCCCAGAGCUUCUGCUAUUGAUAUAGACUCUGGUGCUGCUACUCAAAUGAGAAGUCCUUUUGCAGCUACAGAACCUAAGUCCGCUACAACACAGUUUGGAGAGCCUUUGGCUCCAGAAACUGCUUAUCCUUCCGAAGAGAAGUCAAUGGCUGUGGAUGUUGAGAUCGGCUAAGAUUCUGCUAAGUCAAUCAUGAUUGGUGGUUUACUUGGUAAAUCUGAAAGGAAACGGCCUUUUUAUAUUUUCAUCAAUGUUAGUAUUUGGUCUCCACUUUUUUCCUCCUCCUUUUGGAGACUGCAAGGUUAGUUGUGUUUUUUUUUUUUUAAAGAAGAAAAGCCUUAUAAGUUUUAUAUAUUAAUAAUUGUAAAAUGUAUAGGUUGAUUGUUGAAGCAUGUAGCAAUUGAUAUUUCAUGAGAAGUGUUAAAUGGGAUUUUGUGGAUGUAUGUUAGUUGUGGCUUGCAAUAGUUUAAGCAUUAAUGUGGAA